ACCAAAAAGAAGGACAAGCCCGAUGUCACCUGCUACAACUGUGGCAGGAAGGGGCACUUCAAGAAGGAUUGCCAAAGCCCAAGAAAGGACUGGAAGCCUGUCCCAGGGAAGGAAGUUGCGACCGUCACUCGAGGGGCAAGGGUUACCGAGGUCGCAGCUGCGAGCUACAUUCGUGGCGACCUCGAGCACCACCUGAACCCUGUCCCUGAGGAAGGACCCUCGGAGGUGGACGACACUGGGGAAGUCGCACCCCCGGCACACGUCCAGGAAGUGGCCCGGACGUGGGGGAUCCCAUUGGUCCAAGACGCGGAUGGACGAUGGAGGACCCGCAGUGCAAACGAUGAGCAGGAAGGACCGAACGUCGCCUACCUGCAGAAGCGAGUAAUCGAGCUUCGAGAACGCAACGCUGAACUCGACAAUGCGGUUCACGAACUCGAGCGGUGACUCAAUGAGCAAACAUGAAUGCACAAUUCCAGCACGGAUUACGACGGACCUCCGACAUGGGGUUUCGAGCAUGAGACGCUGGAGGGAUUGCGCCAACCCGAGACUGAGUACAACGAAAUGUGGGAGCGCGAGCGGUGGACGAAGCGCACGCCACCCACGUGGGAAGAAUACUGGCAACGACGUCAGUACAUCAGCAUCGGUCAGACCACGCAAGAAGUCGAAGCACAAGGAUACGGACCAGACUUCGUCUACGUGAUGGGAGAUGCACCACAACUUUGGAUGAAGACGAACAACCAUCGCUAUGUCCCAUGGUUCGAAUGUGUGGACCAUCACUGUCGAUACCACUUCAAGGACAAGCACGACUUCAACCAUUGGCCGAUUCGGGGAACAACACCCCAAGGGUUGCUCAAACCCGUACCAUGGACGUUUUAUCAUAGACGAGGAAACGACGACGACUUGUAGUAUGUAGCUAAAGUUAAAAAAGGAACAAUUAGAGUGUAGCCACUUCGUGUAUAGCUAGUAGUAUGCUAGAUAUACGA